AUUUUUUUACUUUUUCGGCCUUCGGAUCGUUCGGACGUGCUACGCGGUCUCGUCUGUGUGAGUGAGUGAGUGUGCGUGACUGGAGCGGCGAGAAAGCACAAUUAAAAUAAAAUCGAGUUGCAGCUGUUAAUCCAGAGAUAACAGGCGAUACAAUACAAUAUCGUUAUCUAUUUACAAACAAAUCGGAAUGAAAUAAUGCCGCACACAAGUGCAUAGAGCGGAGUGUCUGUGUGUGCGUAGGUCACUCUCUCUUUGAAAUAGUAAACAAAUUGCAAAAAAGGCUCAACGAAAAGGAAACAAAAAUACAAAUAUUAAUAUUAUUAAACAUAAUAUUCAGCAGUGCGUGUGAAAUAAUUCGGAAAAGCCGCCGCAAAAGCAGCGUGCUGCAAGUGUGCUAGUGAGGCGUACACACAUAUAUAUAUAUAUAUACCAGCGAAUAGGUGCAUAUAACGUGUACAUAAUACAUAAGCAGUGCAUUCAAUUAAGUGAAAUCCAUAUAGUUUUGUGCAUGCGAUUUUGGGAGAAUCAAAAGGAGUUUCCGCAGCAGCAACGCAGCAGCAGAGGCGCCAUCAAAGUAACGGAUUUUCACACGCGGUUGACCAAGAUACAGAAUCACGACGACGCGACGAGCGAAAAUGGCCAAAAUGGAGGUCGACGACGUGGUCGACUUGAGUUUAGGAUCCGGCCGUGAUCCGGCGUUGACCAUAACGCCGGCUCCGUCUCCGGCGGCGCUCAGUAAUCGGGAUCUGCGAGCGCUGACGGCCAACAAUACGGGUCUGACUAUCACUCCAUCUUCGGCGCCGGCGACAAACAACGGCACCACCACCACCGCCACCACCAAUAUCAGUAACAUUAACUCCAACAGCAGCAGCACCAACAAUAGCAGUAACCCCACGAAUAGCUCCAGCACAAACAGCAACAGCAACAACAACAACAGCAUCAGUGGCAGUGAAGGGGCGACAGGUGCGACAGGUGGUGGAUCCUUGGGAGGCGGUCAGGAUGAGAAUAAGGUUCAAAGGCGAGUCCUGCGACCCCGAACCGAACCCAAAUCGUAUGCCGAAGCACCGGAUAUUGUGUUAUUACCCGCUCGCACCAAUGGACGUCAGCAGAAUGGGAAUAUAGACUCGGAGACGGAUGACGAGGAGAUGCCGCCCUAUGUGCCCAUCAAGGAGCUGAGUCAUGCGGAGCUCAAGGAGCGCGAGAAGAGUCUGAGGAAGUUGCGACAGGAUCUGCGUAACGAGGAGACCAAACUGAUGCUGCUCAAAAAACUGAAGCAGUCGCAGCAGGUGAUGAAGGAGAAUAUGGUGGUGACACCGACCAGCGUUUCGCCCAACAAUCCGCUGGCCGCAAUUCCCGCCGCCCUCACCUCGAAGGGAUCGCUAAGUGUGACGCCGACGUCGGCGGUACCGCUGCCCGCCCACAGUAAAGGCAGCAGGAGCAGCUUAAGCGGCAGCGGCGGACCGGCAGUGAGCAUUAGCGCCACCAACAGUCGAACGGGAAGCUCAAGCUCAGCGGCGGCGGCCGCUUCUGCAAUUGCCGCUGCAGCGGCCGCCUUGAGCGGUCAACAUCGCGGCAGCAGCAGCAGCAGCAGUAGCAACUCCAUUCUGCCGCCGCCAAGGUCAUCGCUGCCAGCGGGCGCUACAUUAGCCGCCGGUACCACCAUCACGCCCGCCACCUCCUCAUCGCACCGCUCGAGCAAUCUGCCGCCGCGCACCAACCUGCCGAAUCUCACCAUCACGCCCUCGGUGACCAUCACGCCCACAUCGGCGCCGCCCUCCAGUCUGAAACCACGCAAUCCUAAUAUUUCGGAUAAUUCGAAGGUACCUGGGACCAUAAGCAAUUCUGUUUCCAUCACACCGGCGCUCCCACUGUCCCAAUCGCAUCAGAAUCAGCACAAUGAGCAAAAGAAUGAUCGUUCCACGCCAAGGGAAGAUGCCCAGACACCUGCUCAAAGACAGGCGGCAGCUAAAAUGGCCCUUCGCAAGCAGCUGGAAAAAACGUUGCUUCAGAUUCCCCCACCAAAGCCACCACCGCCAGAGAUGCACUUUAUACCCAAUCCCAGCAACACGGACUUUGUCUAUCUUCUUGGCUUGGAAACUGUUGUGGACUAUUUGACGGUCAACAAGAAGGCCAAUGCUGUGGCAGCUCCUUUCCGUUGUGCCCAGUGCAAGAUUGAUUUUACACCUGUGUGGAAGUGGGAGAAGCAGACCAACAAAGAUCCCAAGGUGAUUUGCGAGCAGUGCGUAACCUCGAAUGUGAAGAAGGCUCUCAAGGCGGAGCACACCAACCGACUGAAACAGGCGUUCGUGAAGGCGCUGCAGCAGGAGCAGGAGAUAGAGCAGCGAUUGGCCAGCCAGAGCAGUCCCUCGCCAGUGGACAACCAUGGGUCGAGUGGUGGCGGUAACUCGCUGUCCGUCUCCGCGGUGAACAGCAACUCCACAUCGUCGCACCUGCAAAGGGAACGGGAACAGUUGCAGGCGACGCACGCUUCGGCGGCGGCUGCCCUGGUCAAUCUGCCGCCGUCGGUGACGGUGAUACCCACCAAAUGCCACACGCCAACGCCAGCGACACCGCGUCCAACGCCGCCGCCACCCCAAAGUCAAGCCACACCACCGCCGCCGUCGUCGUCGUCGUCGUCGGGGGCGUCGCGAUCCUCGCGAGCAGCUGCCACGGCUGCAGCGGCCGCCAUUGCCGCUCAGCAGGCGGGCAUUCUUAGUCCCGGACCGACGGCAGCGCAUCACCACGAGGCGGCCACCUCCUCCAGAUCCUCCCGCAACGAUCGGCUCGAUCACCAUCACCAGUCGCAGCAGCAACAGCAGCGGGAUCAGCGCGACCGCGAUCAGCAGCGGGAUCAGCAGACGCAACAGCAGCAGCAGCAGCAGCAGCAGGCCCAGAGCUACGACAAAUACUCGGCGGCCACGCUGGCGGCGGCUGCCCAUCUGAGUGCCCUUGGCGGCAUGGGUGGAUUGAACAUCAAUAGUUUGGCCAGUCUAGGCAAUCUCAGCCAGCUGGGCAACCUGGCCGCCCUCGGUGGCUUGGGCAACUUUGGCGGAGCCUCGACGGGCUCAAAUAAUCCAGCGGCGGCACUUGGAAAUUCCUCGCCAGCUGCCACGGCGGCCGCCAUGCAGGCUUUCCAACAGCAGCUCUUUAGAGCUCUGGGACAAGGUCUUGGUGGCAAUCCGCAGCACAUGAUGCAGUUUGCUCCGCUUCUGUACUCUUACCAGAUGGCCAUGGCGCAGGCAGCACAAGUGGCAGCUUUCAACAACAACAACAAGAAGAGCAGUUCAUCCUCCGGAUCGGCGAAGAACUCGAGCAGCGCCAGCAGCAUGGCGGACGUUCAGCGGGCGGCGGAGCUGCAGCGCCAAUAUCUACUGGAGAUGAUUCCGCCCCAGCAGCAGAGCGGAGCCAGCGGCAGUCGCCAGAACAACUGGAAGGCCUAAGAGGCCGCCACUAACGACAAAUUACAAUUAACAUUAACGCUAACGUUAACGUAAACGUAAACAAAAAAAAAAAAAGCAGCAGCAGCAGUAACAACUACUUUUAUGGUUUUCUUGAUUAGGUAAUUUUAUAAUUUAAACAAAACUGAAAAAACAAAAAACAAAUAAUAAGAAAACAACAUCAAAUAUACACGUAAAUAUUAAUUAUGCU